AUGGCUACUCGACUCCUCUCGCAGGCAAUCAAAUCCACUCAGGCUGUCGUUGUCGCACGGACUCGGGCAUGCGUCCCUCAGACAAGAUUUAACAGUACCAAUGCCGCCACCAGUGCACUGCCGAGUGCUGCGGUGGCAGCGAAAGCGAGGGCCCUCAAAUCACUGCCUGAUUUCUCAAUGGCAAACAAGGUAUGCAUGGUCACGGGUGCCGCGCGUGGGUUGGGCCUCGAAUUCUGUCGCGCGUUCGUGGAGUCGGGUUGCACGUCCCUCGCUAUCCUUGACCUUAAGGAAGAGGAGGCGGGGGAGGCAGCGCAUGAAGUCGUCAAGGCGGCAUGCGUUGACAGUGACAUGGUACCCGGCGACUACAACGUUAUGGGCGUCGGCUGCGACGUGUCCUCCGAGCUCUCUGUGCAGCAAGCUUUUCGGAAGGUGAUGGACACGUACGGCCGCAUCGACUCGGUCGUUGCAUCAGCUGGUAUCGUUGAGAACUAUUCUGCGUUCGACUAUCCCUUUGACCGCAUAAAGCGUCUGUACGAUAUUAAUGUCCAUGGUGCGUUCUUUACCGCGCGUGAGGCGGCGCGCAACAUGAUCCCCCAGGGCGGAGGAAGCAUCGUCCUCGUCGCGUCCAUGUCAGCCAACAUCGUCAACAUUCCCCAGCCACAGACGCCGUAUAAUGCCGCAAAAGCAGCUGUGAAACACAUGGCGGCCAGUCUGGCCGUGGAGUGGGCCAAGAAGGGUGUCCGCGUGAACUGCCUGAGUCCGGGAUACAUGUUGACCAGACUGACGAGAACCGUCCUCGCGCAUGACCAGGAGCUUAAGAAAACGUGGGAAAGCCUCACGCCCAUGGGCAGGAUCGGUGAACCAGAAGACCUUGCGGGCGCCAUCGUGUUCCUUGCGAGCGACGCUUCGCGAUUCAUGACCGGCUCUGAAAUCCGCGUAGACGGAGGCUAUUGCAUCAUCUAA